AGAUAAGAGGCAGUUCACACCAAGACAAUAGCUCGCGGUAUGUAGACGGGUAUCGAUAAAAAAAAAAAGAAGCACUGCUUCAAUCCUAUUAAUUUUCAGACGACUCAUUGAUAUUAAUAACCGAUCGAAGGAGGAGAAUCCAACUAGACCCAUCUUCUUGUUUCUUCGUAGCCCCCAUCCCUUCCCAAACCCAAACCCUUCAAACUCGAUGGAUCCCGGCAAGGAAAUCGCUGUCGAACUCCUCCCCCUCAUUCGAACCUACAAGGACGGCCGCAUCGAACGCCUCUUCGGCAGCGACGACUUCGUCCCACCCUCCCUCGACCCUGCCACCGGCGUCACCUCCGAAGACGUCCUCAUCGACUCCGCCACCAACCUAUCCGCCCGUCUCUUCCUCCCCGACCUCACCUCCCUCGGCCCUUCCCAGAAGCUCCCCGUCGUCCUUUACUACCAUGCCGGCGGCUUCUGCUCCCAAAGCGCCUUCUCGGCCGUCUACCACAACUUCGUCAGCUCCCUCGUGGUCGAAGCCAGGGUGAUCGCCGUGUCGGUGGACUACCGUCUGGCGCCGGAGCACCCGCUCCCGGGGGCCUACGAGGACGCGGCGCGCGCGCUCCAGUGGGUGGCGUCCCACGCCGAGGGGCCUGGGCCCGUGCCUUGGCUCGCCGAGCGGGGGGAAUUCUCGCGCGUGUUCCUGGCCGGCGACAGCGCCGGCGCGAACAUCGCUCACAACAUGGCGAUGCGGGCGGAGGCGAAGAUCGAAGGAUUGGUGCUGAUACACCCGUACUUCUGGGGGUCGGAUCGAAUGGGCUGCGAGAAGGACCGGGUUGACAAGCCGUUUCUGGAGGCGGAGAUGCUCGACCGGCUGUGGCCUUUCGCGUGGGGGAGCGCGGUGGAGAGCGACGACCCGCAGAUAAACCCAAUGGCGGAGGGGGCGCCGAGCCUGGCGGGGCUGGGGUGUGGGAGGGUGCUGGUGGUCACGGCGGAGAGGGAUGUGCUGAGGGACAGGGGAAGGGCGUAUUGCAAGGCGUUGAGGGCGAGUGGGUGGAGAGGGGUGGUGGAGCUGCUGGAGACCGAGGGGGAGGACCACGUGUUUCAUCUAUUAAAUCCUGGCUGCGACAAGGCGCUGGAGAUGAUGGCGCGGUUGGCGGAUUUCUUUCGUGAGUAGCGGGUUGACGACGGCAAUGAUAAGAAAUGGGAUCGGGCUAGGUUCUGGGCCUCGUCUCGAGAAAGUUCGGUUAGAGCCCAAAUAAGAAACCAAGAUGUUGUAAUGAUUGCGUAUAACUAAAUAAGAAGAAUUUGGUUCAUUCUUCGUUGCCUUAGAGGCUGUUAUUACUCAAAAGUCAUGAUAAUUAGAUGACUAUCAAUUUUAGGGAUGCA